AUGAUAAAUGAAAUUGUUCAAGCUAUGCACAAUUUACACAAUGGCAUUGAUUUAGAUGAGGCGCAUCGAAUUGUCGAUAUUUUCUUAGCAGACGAUUUACGCUCAAAUAAAAAUGUUUGGUUCGAGCUAGUAACAAAUCAAGAUUUGGUUGUCAAAGGAUAUUCGUGGAAAUUCCUUGACAGUUAUAUCACCAAGAAUAGAUCAAAUCCAAUCUUCAUUGAAGCAGCAAAAGAGCUCGUAGAAACUGGAUACUUUCCUGAAGAGGAUUUCCAGAUUCAACACAUAAAAGCAGUAUGCAUUGCCAAUUUGAUGUUGAUUCAGUGCUCAGAUCGAAGAGUUCUGAAAAUUUAUGAGGAGUUCAUGAGAAAACAAUCUGCACAAAACGGGAUUGCGUUUGAGACUCUGGAGAUAUCCGUUUGGCAGUCGUUUUUCCAACAGACUCUUGGCCAGGAGCCGAUGAGUUCCAUGAAGUUAAUUCGCUCAACACUUGCAGAAACUGUAUUGACAACGAUUUUACGAGAAGUGGCAGCGAAACUCACAAAUUCUGAAAGAGCCGACCUACUGCCAGAAUAUCUCACUGCAUACUGUGGGCUUCUUAAUAGUUUGACGGAGUGCAUGGUAUUCUUUAAAUUAGAAAACGUCUAUGAGAUGCGGACUAUCUUCGAGCGAUUCAUCGAUCUUCGCGUUACAAUUCCUCAUAUUGAAGUAGCAUUUUAUGAAGCUUAUGGAAGAGUCUUCUAUCUUAGACCACCAAAUGUCCGGGAAAAGUUUAUUAGGCCACAAAUUUGUAAACUUAUGGAGGCCAUAAUGAUGCGCUACAAAAAUUAUGAAGGCAGAGAGGAUAAUUUAAAUAUCGUCGAUGAUGCAGCUCUUCAAUGCGUUCACGCAUUCUCUGAUUUCCUGGCAAAUGUUUACAUUGUUGUCGAGCAAACAUUAUACGGAGUUCAUAUCAUGCACAACAAAAUUGCUGGUAUUCUUAUGGAUGACUUAGCGUCGAAAUGCUUUGAAAGAAGAUCAUGCAAAUUAGCAAAAAUGUUAGAAAAGUGCUUUAAGUUGAUGAAGCGGCUUGAUUGUGUAAAGUGUGAUCAGGCGUCACUAAAUGAGCACCUUGGUCACAUAACAAGUUUUAUUGAAAGAAACUUGGAGAUACUUGAGAAUUCCUUCGAUGAACUUGUGGCGAACGUCCAGUUCUACGCAAGUAUGCUCAAAGUCAAAAGAGCUUCUUUGGAAUUUGUAAUGGCCAAGACUCCAUCGCUGGAUGCGCUUUUUCAAGGGAUCACGUUCUUUUUAAGCCGAAUUCAGAGAUUCCCUCAAAGUGCUGCUAUUAUUCACCCGCUUCUCGCAAUGACUCAUGGCAUAAUCGAGCGAAAUCUUGACACUUUGAAGUCGUCACCAUAUUUGAAUUCAUUUGUGAUUGACCUUGUUUCUUCUAUUAUUCCAUUGACCAGAUAUCAGCAAGCCCAUGCAUUGGAUCUUCGGCUUAUUCUCCACUGUGGGAAAAUCCGCAUGCGGCACGACACAUCGACGGCUUUUAGUGCUUGGCUGAUGAGAUAUGUAUCCGAACUAUUUACCUUUGCAGAAAUCAUCACAAAUUCCGAUAAAUUGACUGGGAUUCAUAGUUCAUAUGAUAUUGGUCCCACCAAGUCGGAGCUGUUCAUUAUUGGACUUGGUGAUUGCUGCAACACGGAAGGGGAUCAUAUCGGCGCUGAAACCAAUCCGAAUACCUUUUUCGAAGUAAUGCUAUUUGACAUAUUUCAAAAUAUUAACAUUAUUUGUGAGCGUUACUCCAAUAUUCUGGUGUCUGACGAUAUCAAGCCAAAGUUAUUCUCAAUGGUUUCAUUGCGACCUAGCUGCAGAAAUCUCAAUUACCGGUCCUGGUGCAGCAAACCAUUGCUGACAUUAGUGAGAGCUCUCCCAAUUCCAGUGUUGUCCCAUGAAUUGCAGACAUUCAUGAUUAAAACUCUGAACACGUCCCACGUAUUGGUGCAGAUUUAUGAAGAACAGGCGCAAUAUUUUGAUGGCGAUAUUCUUCCGGGGCUCUCAAUCGCGUUGGAAAAUUUGUCAAAACAUGUAUUCUUUUUGCAAGAACUGCUAUGCAACAACAAUAAAAGAUUAGUCAGCGAGAUGGGGGAGUUUGUGAUCAAGAAUAGAGAACUGCAUUAUCCAUUUGAACAAAGUUUCACAAGUAUUUGCAAAUGCCGAAUUGACAGCUUGCUUGCUCCAGUAACCUCAAUUAUGAAGUGUAUGGUUAUCUUCUCAAACAGUGCUGCUGAUGAACACAUUUCCUUGUUCUGUUUAAAUUUGAUAAAGCUUUUGCUUGUAUAUUACACCGAUGACGAAGACAACAGGAGUUGCGUUUUGAUCGCGCUAAACGAGUUUUUCAAUUGUCAACCCGAGUUGUGCUACCACAGAGCAAAUGCUCUACGUGAGUGCUUCCCCGAGCACUUUCCGGCCGACGUUGAAUUUCCGAAGUCGAGUUCUCAUGACUGUGCAGCGUUCACGUGGAGAAUAUUCAAUGUAUAUCAAGCGACUGCUAGUGCCGACAUGGCAAUGGAGAUUUAG